UUGGCCCCGCGUGGCCUGUGGCUUUUGGCUUUGCUACCCCGCCAUGCAUCACGACGCCACACACCGGUAGAGGAGACCCUGCUUUUUCCUUCACGUAAGGCAUCUAGACCGAAAACUUCUAAACUACUUGUGGCUACACCGUCCUCAUGA